AUGGGAGAGACAAUCGAAGAAGAAGAGGAGUUUAUCGCUAACGCCAACAUGGCUGCCAACAAGAAGCACAAGAAAUCGGGAGGAUUCCAGUCAAUGGGCCUGAGUUUCCCGAUAUACAAGGCUAUUAUUCACAAGGGCUUUAAGGUACCGACGCCUAUUCAGCGCAAGUGUAUUCCUUUGAUCAUGGAGGGAGGCGAUGUCGUAGGAAUGGCACGUACAGGAUCAGGAAAGACGGCAGCCUUUUUGAUUCCUAUGCUGGAGAAACUGAAGUCGCAUUCAGCCAAGGUUGGAGCUCGCGCUGUAGUCAUGUCCCCUUCCCGUGAGUUAGCGAUGCAGACGCAGAAGGUUUGCAAGGAACUCGGAAAGCACACGGACCUCAGGAGUUGUAUCUUGGUUGGAGGCGACAGUCUUGAGGAACAGUUCGCCAUGUUGGCCGCCAAUCCCGACAUUCUUAUCGCUACUCCUGGUCGACUUUUGCACUUGAUUGUUGAGAUGGAUCUAGAUUUGAAGAGCGUCCAGUAUAUUGUUUUCGAUGAAGCUGAUCGUCUGUUUGAAAUGGGCUUUGAAGUCCAGCUGCACGAGAUUUUGCACCGCUUGCAACCAAAUCGUCAGACCCUACUCUUCUCUGCAACACUUCCCAAACUGCUGGUCGAUUUUGCUAAGGCCGGUCUCCAGGAACCCACACUUGUCCGUUUGGACGUCGAUACCAAGAUCAGCAAGGACCUAGAGAUGGCCUUCUUCAGCAUCAAACAUCAGGACAAGGAAGCUGCGCUGCUCACAGUCCUUCGCCAUGUCAUCAAAUUGCCUCUCAAGACCGGCGUCAAAUUUGAGCGGGACGAGGAAAACCCGAAGAAGCGCAAACGUGUCUCGAAAGAAAUCGUUGGUGCAGCAACAGAACAUCAAACCAUCGUCUUCGUCUCGACAAAGCACCACGUCGAGUACAUCUCCAACAUUCUCAUGACAGCAGGAUAUCAGGUCUCGUUCAUCUACGGUUCCUUGGAUCAAGUGGCGCGUAAGACCCAGAUCGAUCGCUUUAGGAAGGGGUACACCAACCUGCUGGUCGUCACAGAUGUCGCUGCUCGUGGUAUUGAUAUUCCUGUGCUCGAAAACGUGAUCAACUACGACUUUGUCGACAACUCCAAGGUCUUCAUCCAUCGUGUCGGACGUACUGCCAGAGCAGGAAAGAAGGGCUGGGCCUUUUCGUUCGUAACUCCAGAGGAGCUACCAUACCUUAUUGAUUUGCAGCUGUUCUUGAAUCGCAAGAUGAUCGUGGGAUCUUCGAGAGAUCAGGAGCCAGACUAUACCUCAGACGUUGUAAUUGGGGGGCUGCCGAUUAAUCUACUUGAGAUUGACAGCGAAUGGGUCAAGAACAAUAUCCUGGAUGAUUCCAAUCUGCAGGCGCUGAGGGGUGUCUCUGUGAACGGCUAUAAACUGUAUUGCAAGUCAAGACCAUCAGCAGCUGUAGAGAGCUACAAGCGCGCCAAGGAGAUUGUGGACAUGGACGAGUACGCAGAGCUCAGUCCUUUGUUUGCCGACUCGGUGAAUGAGGAAGAAAAACAACGCGUCAAUUUGAUUGCUUCAAUAUCCAAUUUCAGACCAGCAGAGACCAUUUUCGAAUUUGGACAGCGUGGAAUCAAAGGAGCAACCAUGGCAUCCAACAUCAUGAAGGAACGCCGUAACGUCGUCGACAAGGUCAUCUCAAUGACCCGGCAAAAGAAGGCAGGUCUGACCGUAAACCUUUUCCCUAGCGAGGGUGGCGAGGGCAGCGACAGUCAGGCCAAGGCAUCUCUCGGCCCUGAAGCCUCGGAGGCCGAUCUGGAGAGUGUCUUCAAGCGCACAGUUGGAUCUUCCAAAAAGAAGGAAAAACCUACUAGCUUUAAGGACGAGGCCUUCUACAUGUCGCACACACAGCAGGACAACAAUACUGAGCGCGGUUACUCAAUGGUCAAUACCAACAGCUCUUUCCUCGAGCAGGCCGCCAACGCAACCAUCAACUUGAACGGGGAUGAACGCGAGACCAUGAACAGAAACAAGAACACUGUAAAGUGGGAUGCCAGGAAGAAGAAGUUCGUCAAGGGUUUGGGCAUCGGAGCCGACAACAAGAAGCUGAUCACAACCGAAUCCGGCAACAAGAUCUCGGCCUCCUUUAAAUCCGGCCGUUUCUCGGACUGGCAACAUAAGACAAAGACCAGCCUGCCGCGUGCGGGAGAGAUGGAGUUGCCCUCAUCCAAGGCUGCACUGGCAGCGAAGCGGUUCCGGCACAAACGCCAGGAGGAGGCCAAGCCUCUAGAUCCAUUGGCCCACGACUACGAGCGUAAACUCAAGAGGGCCAAGUUUGAGGAGAAGGCUACAGCAGCUGCAGGUGGUGCUCCUUCUGCUAGGGGUGGCCGUGGCGGUAGUCGUGGUGGCAGUGUCAAAGCCCGCUCAGAACUUAAGACGUCGACAGUCAUUGCCAAGGAGAGAUUGGCGAAAGAGCAGAGAAGGGAAAAGACUGGACGCCAUGCUGGUUCAAAGGUCGCUCGCGGAGGCCGUGGUGGUGGUCGAGGUGGCGGACGCGGAGGUGGUCGAGGCGGCGGACGUGGAGGUGGCAGUGGCGGUGGCGGUGGACGUGGUGGUGGUGGCGGUGGACGUGGUGGCGGUGGUGGACGUGGUGGUCGUGGCGGUGGCGGUGGACGUGGUGGUCGUGGAGGAAGACGUUAA